AUGUCCGAGCCGACACGCUUCCCCGGCGCUCCGCCGACAAGAGCACCAGGUGCACCUCCGCCGACAGGCUUCCCUGGCUCUUCUGCUACCGGCUUUCCCGGCGCGACUGGCUUUCCGGGGACGAUGACUGGACAUCCGGCAGCUACAGGACGCGCCGGUGCUACAGGCAUUCCGGGAGCAGCAGGACACCCUGGUAUGACGACAGGCAUGCCCCCAGCAGCCGCCAGUCUGCCGCCCCGCCAGGCCAUUGGGCCGAAGUAUCAGCUGGAAGAGGGGAAGCACAUCCGCCGGCUGCGAAUCGGCGACUGGGAAGUACGCAGUACGAAGAAGCCGAUUCUGAACGGCAAGGAGAUUGAUGCACUCGAGAAGGAGCUCCGUCUCCCGCUCCCCGAGAUGACGUUUGGGCACAACUCCCUCGUCCUGCAGCAUCCCCUCGUCACUUUGUCCUUUGAUACGCUGGGCGCGCUGCGUGCAGUUCCAGUAGGCGAGGGAUGGGAGGAGAGAUGUGGCGGCGGCGUGCUCGUCUCCAUGGCCGACGCUUGGAAGAAUAGGAAGGUCGAGGACGUGGCUGCGAAGCCGGUGCGGCCGCACGACUGGACGUUCAGUACUUGCUUCAACGGGUCUACGUCUUCAUCUUCUGAACCUACAGCCGAUGCUAGCCGGCUGACCGCCCAGCAAUUCACCCCCUCUGACACCCACGCGAUCCCGCUCCAACUCCUAGCCCGCCAGGACCCAGUCCUGGACCGGAUCCUGUUCUACGACGACGUGCCACUGUACGAAGACGAGCUGCACGACCACGGCGGCUCCGAGCUCAACGUGCGCGUGAGGGUAAUGCCGCACGCGUUCUUCGUCCUCGCGCGGCUGUUCGUGCGCGUCGACGCGGUCGUGUUUCGUAUCUUUGACACGCGGGUGUUCCACUCGUUCGGGAGCAACGAGGUCGUCAGGGAGAGUAGCGGGAUGGAGGCGCCGUACGAGACUGUCAAGAGCUAUCUCGAGAAUCCCGAGGACCUCUCGCCAUUGACAGACGCCAACUUUGUCUCGGCUACGCUGAAGAAGAUCCAGGACGGCGUACCUCCCCCGAUGCGCGCGAGGAGGGCUGCGCCGGCACCGUCUGGAAGGGCUACCGUGCCGGGACGCGUGACCGCCAACCCUCCCAGUGCUUCACCGACGCCUACGCCGCAGGUCCAGGCGCAGGUCCAGGCGCAGGUGCAGGGCAAGCCGUGGCCCGGAUUAGGCAAGCGCGUGGACGUGCUCCACCUGACGGAUAUCGAGCAGGGCGUGCGCGACCUGAGCAUCUAG